GUCCUUUUGCAAUCAUAGGUGGAGGCCCUGUAUCCAAUUGGUCGACCUUUGGAGCUAUCCCCCUUUGUAAAAACUUGGAAUGAGGAUUUGUUGGAAACCAAUCUUGGAUAAUGGCCAUAUCCUAGCAAGGAAUGGCUUUCACUGGAUUGCACUUUAAAAUACUUUGUUUCAAAUCAACUCGGAGUAUUUUAGCUCAUCUAUGUUGUUAGAUGGAUAGAAUGUUUUUUUAAUAUAUUUGCUGAUCAAUCUCUACUGAAAGUUGUGCCACCUGAUGAUUUUGCUGAGAUUUAGUUUGUUAAGGUUGCUAUCCUGUUCUAUGAGAAUCUAAUGAGGUUUGCAUUAGAAUGCUCUAAACGCAAUUAUAAGUUCUGCAGGUUUUCUGAGGUGUAUAGCUUUUAUAGCUUUACAUGGCUUCUAAGUUUUGCAGUCAACUGCCAUGGCCACUUCAUGACAUUGUCAUGUGGAGCCUAAUAUGCUUCUCAUUUAAUUCUGUCAUUUAUGAAUUACUAACUUUCACAAUGAGAGGUGCUACAUGUCAAAGAAAUGCGAGAAGUAUAAAGGUAUCAUCUCCACCUUUGUCCUGUGACAUUAUUAUACUUCAGUAUCUGGUGGUGCAGUUGGUUGCCUGGAUCCCCUCUUGAAGGUAAACUUAGAUCUUAUGUUGUAUUUUUCUGAUUAAACUAUUAUCCUCUCUCCUUUUUUUAAUCGAUAGUCAAGGUACAGGUAGACCGACAAACUUAUCGAGACCCCAUUAGUGCCAAUAGAAUUCUUUGUAAUGGCAAUUACAAGAUUAUGUACCAGUACAUAUGUACUUGAUGUUAAAGGAUUUUUGAUCUGGAACAAAGCCGAUCAGUCUAUGGCCCAAUUAAUGUGUUCCUCUAUCAUUUGCGUUCAUUGAUGUGUUUAUACUUUGAGUGUUCUUCCUGAGAACAGAAGGGCAUAUAAAGAUUGCACGCAUCUGAAACUAUGUCAAGUAAUGGAGAGAACCAUGUAUGCUAUACAGCACGAGUAUUCUCUUUUGUGUCUGUAUGUUAUACAGCCAACCUUUUUAACAGACUCUGAAGAAACUCACUCAUGUUCUACGUGACUGUACUAAAUGAUGAUGCUUUGAAUAAUUACUAUGGGGCUAUAGCUCAUCGUGGUUUAGGUUACGCUGCAAGUGUUUGAUUGUAUGCCUCAAUGAGUGGCUGUCUGUGGCUGUCGUCAGGUGAACGAGACGCGACUCUCGUGGAUGAGAAGCCAGUGCCCGUGAAUCGUUGUGAGCAUUCCUGUCCCUCUGCAUCGAUCUCUGAGAAGGCAUCGCAGGUGUUCGACACAAGGCCGGCGCAACGCAACAUAUGUCGAACUUAGUGGAAGUGGAAUCAGAGGCUUGAAUGCGACGAGAGUUCUCGAUCCAGCGAAACAGAUGCUGUAGUGUUGUGCGCCGUCAGAACUGCUCGACCGGGGGCCAGCGCCUGCAAUGGGCCUCGUGACGAACAAGGCGGGCGCAGAGCAUUGGGAUGUCCACAAGCAUACACAUCCCUUUCUGUGCUGCUAUCAUUGUUGGGACAGAAUGACCUCAUUGUUGCAGCCACAAAUCCCAAUUCAAAGGUCAAGGAGUCCAAACCGCAGGUAAAACCGUAGCGGAGAAGGCAACAUCAGGCAUCCCAGUAUCUGGUAUCCUUCCUGUUCUCUCCAUACCUGAAUACUAUUAUUAUAUAUGGAGUUGGUCGUCUCCCUGGCUUGAUAAGUUUUUGCUCAGAGACUCGAGACCAGGGUAUGUUGUUUCCUCCUGCCAUAUGCACAACUGAUCUGAUGUCGUUUGAUUCCUCCUUCGUGAUUCUGUUGCAUGCUCAGGUUGAUGAUCGAGGCUGAGGAAAUGUUUCUACCACCAGGUUUUCGCUUCCAUCCAACCGAUGAGGAGCUCAUCACUCACUACCUUGCGCCGAAGGUUGCCGGUACCAGUUUCUGUGCCACUGUGAUUGGGGAACUUGACCUCAACAAGAGAGAGCCAUGGGACUUGCCAUUGAGCACAAAGGUAGGGGACGAGUGGUACUUCUUCUGCACGAAGGACAGGAAGUACCCAACUGGCUUGAGGACAAACAGAGCCACCGAUUCCGGCCACUGGAAAGCAACAGGAAAAGAUAAGGAGAUACACAGAAGACGGAAUCUGAUCGGGUUGAAGAAGACUCUGGUCUUCUACAAAGGCAGGGCGCCCAAAGGUGAGAAGACUAAUUGGGUCAUGCAUGAGUACAGACUGGAGGGGAAUCGGUCAAACACGGUGCAAAAUGCUUGGGUGAUCUGUAGAGUGUUCUGUAGAAGGUCAGGUGAGAAACAGGACAUGGAAUGGUUUGAAGAUGAACUCAGAUCUUCUGUUCCGGUCCUAUCUGCGAAUGAUCACAACAAGAACAAGGACAGGUUCUCUUCUGCAUCCAAUUCGACCCAUGUGACCUGCUUCUCCGAUGGCUUGGUGGGCCUGAGGGGCUCCGAGGAGUUGGCAAAGCCUUCUCAGAACUCAAUCAUGCUGCCUCUAUCACUGUCCUCGAACGCUACCAGCCCAGCAACCUCAAACCUCGUAGAUUUGCAUCACCGAGGAGACAGUUCGGUGCAGUUGUCCGAGAGCUACGGCCGUGGCAAUGACAAGAACUUGAAGAUGGAGGAGGAGGCUCUCAGCAUUUCAGAGGAAACAGGUUUGAUCACCAACAUGGCGCCUGAUAUCUACACAUCCAUCAGAAGCAACUUCAAUUACCAGGAGCUCCUGCCUGAUGCAGAGCGACUCGAUGUGCUGUCAUGGAACUACUAGAACAAAGAAUUGAGCAGCAGAAGAACAUAGUGACCACUGUACAUGUUGAUUUCAAGAAUUACUCAAUCUUACUAGAGAUCAAAUCUGUAGAGUGAUGAGUAGCACAUACCAUAAUUUUUGCAUGGGGGCAAGAGCUGCAUGAUUGCAUGAUCAGUACCAAAUCAUGACGAAACAACUCAUAUAAUUGAUCCAGAUGUGAUCUCGUUGAGGUUGACCUCGGCAGUCGCAUCAGAUUUGCUUUUA